AUGUCGGUCGAAGGCAAGCUUUCAUCGGCCGGUCUCGAGGGCUUUGGGCUGUGCUUUGCCUGUUGCUCAUGCAUCUUCUUCUGCAUGAUGCUGAGCUGGAUCAUCUUUGUCAUCGUGACCAUGACCAGCUCGCCGAUCCCGGCGCCAUGCAAGGCAUUCGACUAUGAGUACUUCCCGCAAGGAGGGAUUUAUGACUUCAUCUUGUACUACCUUGUCUUGAUCUUCUUGCUUCCCUGCGUUUUUGGCUGCUUGUACUCGAUCUCUGGCCGAUCCAGUGCCCUUGGCAUCGGAUUUCGAAUGCUUUACCUCAUGCUCACGAUCUACGUCAUGGCAUGGGGAGUGAUGAUGUGGAGGUCGAUAGAUCCGCAAUGCAGCGCCGAGUACGAGAAGCCUGAGUUUCAGAACCUCUUCUUUGUCUUCCAGGUGCAGGUAGUCCUGUCCGUCCUGAACGGCUUCGGCUCCUUCUUGGAGCUCCUGGGCCUCCCCUUCCGCUCUGCGGGGUUUUCGGACAGUUACACUCAGAUCGAUGAGAAGGCUCCUCAGAACCCAGAGACAGAAGGGUUUGUGUGA